AUGGUGUGCUCAUCGAACCAGAACCGGAGCAUGGAGGCCCACGCGCUUCUGAAGAGAGAAGGCCUCCACGUGGCAUCCUACGGCACCGGGCAGCACGUUAAGCUUCCUGGACCUUCCCUCAGGGAACCUAACGUCUACGAUUUCGGCACCCCUUACAAGUACCGACGAAAUGGGAUACUGCCCAUGCUCAAGAGGAACUUGGCAGUAAAACUCGCCCCUCAGCGUUGGCAAGAUAAUGCUGCUGAUGGCACCUUUGAUGUGGUGCUUACAUUUGAAGAGAAAGUUUUUGAUAUGGUUGUCGAAGAUCUACAUAAUCGAAUUCACGUGCAUCUGAAGCCUGUUCUGAUAAUCAACCUGGAAGUAAAAGAUAACCAUGAAGAGGCGGCUAUAGGAGGCAGGCUUGCUUUACAGCUGUGCCAGGAGCUGGAGAAAACAGAAAAUUGGGAAGAUUCCAUUGAUGAUAUCAUCAUCAACUUUGAGAGGCAGAAUCACAGGAAACUUUAUUAUAGCUUAUCCUAUUACUGA